AUGCAGGUGCGGGGGAGAUGCAGGUGCGGGGGAGAUGCAGGUGCGGGGGAGAUGCAGGUGCGGGGGAGAUGCAGGUGCGGGGGAGAUGCAGGUGCGGGGGAGAUGCAGGUGCGGGGGAGAUGCAGGUGCGGGGGAGAUGCAGGUGCAGGGGAGAUGCAGGCAGUGGCAGCACAUCGGGGCAUGACGGUGCGCGUGUCAGCGCUGCCGCUGGUGGGCAUGGGGGCGCCAUACCACCGCCACGGCAUCCCCACCAUCGGCCCCGCCAAGACCAUGCCCAGUGGCGGGUUCAUCUACAUGGACGGCAAGCAGCUCGCAAAUGACGUGGCAGCGGGUCUGCUGGACCUCACGUUGCAGCAGUGGCAGGCAAUGAAGCGGUGGGUGGAGGCGCAGAGCAGCACGACAGGCGCCAUCGUGGCCGUGGGUGACGUCUUCCCCCUCGCCCUCGCCUGCCUCGCCUCCCACCACGCCACCACGCUCCCUGCCACUGCUGCGCCCAGCACUGCCCCAGCAGCAUCACGGCCAGCGGCACUGCCCUUUGCCUUCAUGGGCACGGCCAAGAGCGAGUUCUACAUCCGCGCGGACCACGCCCGCCUGCUGCCCUCGCAGGCCACAACAUUCGUGGAGAGGUGGUGGCACAGAGGGGGAGUGUACCACCCGUGGGAGCGAUGGCUCAUGGCGCAUGCAUGCUGCAGGCUGGCGGCAGUGAGGGACCGCCUCACUGCUCAGGUGCUCGCCCAGAACAUGCUCUUGGAGGAAGCUUCCCCCUCUGCUUCCUCCUCGUCCUCCCCUGGCACGGUGCAGGAUGGCAGCGAGGCAGGGCUGUUCAGACGGGGCAAGGUGGCGUACCUGGGCAACCCCAUGAUGGACCACAUGGCGCCAUCGCCCCACCUGCACACCUUCAUCCGCACCCACCUCCGCGCGUGGCUGCACCACCGCACCACCCGUGAUGCGCACAGCGAGGGGGGCGCUCAUACCACGGCACCACACGGGGCGCCUCCGGGCGAUGCAGCGUGCCAGAGCAGCAGCAGCAGCAGCAGCCCGUUCCGCCACGUCUUUGCCAUCCUGCCCGGAUCCAGACCGCCUGAACACCGUCCAUCUGGCCAGGUGGCGGGGAAGCUGUGUGUCGAUGCCAUUUUCUGUCAACCAUGGACGCUCUUCUACCUUCAUGAAUGUCCCUCUGCCACGUCUUCCAUGAGCAUAUGCUGGCUGCCGCUCAGCCCCUCCCGACCCACGUCAGAAGGGGCGGGAGGAGGGGCAGAGGCGGGGUGGGUAGAGCUGGACGGGGAGGGGUUGCUGCAGGGGCGUGUGCUAAUCCUACCUGAGCGAGAGGAAGAGGAGGAGGCACAUGGUAAUAGCGGAGCGUGGCGAGGAGAGAAUCGGGCUGUUGUUGCUCUUGGAGGGGCGCAAGAGGAGGGGAAGGGAGGGGGCAGUAUUGCUGCAGGGGGGAGCAGCGGUGGGGCAGCGAGCAGUGGUGUGGGGAGCACGGGGGGGGUGCGGGCGGUGGUGGUGGUGGUGAGGGGGGGAUUCGCAGAGUGCGCUCAUGAGGCCCAUGGCGCCCUGGCCAUGGCUGGCACGGCCACCGAGCAGAUGGUGAGAUUGGGAAGAUAA